UACAAAGGCCCGCCUACAUGAUCUCCCAAGUCUUAGACCAACACAGGGAGAUUUGUGUCUGCUCUAACGAACUCCUUGAUGUUUUGAUAGAAAUAAGUGUAGUGGUUGCUUAACUCCUACCUAGGAUUCUAAGAGUCAUGACAGUGUCACAAAAAAACGUCUCAUCACGCUUUAAUCCAAAGACAAUUCUUAUUCGAGCUCUAGGAUUAAGUUUUGAGCGCUUAUUAUUGUAAAUAACAGUGUGUGUGCUGUUCUUGCAGGCUAUAGAAAAUUCCAGUGCCCUCUCGGUUUAGCCCAACUCUUGUUUAUAGCUUCUUCCUCAAGAUGUGAGGACGUUUUGCUCGUGGUCUUCUAUCUUCCUUUUGGAUCCUAUUUUCACUUAUAUCGUUGUUAAUAGCAACAGUGGAGCGCUUAAUUCGAGUACAUCAUCCGAACGGCAAAUAAAUAGUUUCACCAGAAUGUUAUCCUCUUUACUAUCUGUUUAUUCUCUAUCGAGCUUGGCUCGUCCUCCGACUUAAUCUGUCUAGUUUCCCUUGGUGAUAUUUCUGGCGCAAAUGGCUUAACCUUCAUGUUUCAUUUUUUAAACUUUUUAUUUAGGGAAAGAUUUAAAUUGGCUCUUAAGUCAUUGAAGGAUUAAACGCGCAAAAGCUGUCUAUCAAAUGUUCACGAAGGUGUGAUAGAGCACGGCCCUGGAGUACACAUGGGCCUUGUUGUGUUGGAAAUUACGACGAUGUAAUAAGAGUUAUAAUGGUACUACCACAUCAGAACACUUCCAAAUCCGUCAAUCCAAUUAAGCCCUAAAUAAACACAGUCCUACAUCCACAAACUUACACAUGUGCGAAAAGGGAAAAUAAAGACAAGUUUCUACGGGUCUUUCGAGGUGUCGUUGUGUUGGAGCUAGCAAGCCUGUUGGCGUGGUUGCCAAAGCCACUCGGCCUAGAGUGGAGUCACCCGCAUCUCUCUUAGAUCCUGUUGAAUUAUAGGUCCGUUUACUUCGUGCGACCUGUCGAUAUAUUUAGAGCGAACUUGGGGUUAGAGUGUCGGCAAAGUGCGUAGGUGCUUGCUGCGCCAGGUAUUACAUGUUGCGUCAGUCGUGUCAGGUUAACACAACACCCCAAUGACAGCAGAGGAAGAGGAUUGUUUUUGUUUUACAUAGCCUGUCUAUUUUUUAAGUGUUAGCUCCUCCCCCGUGUCCUCUUGACGCGCGCUCGCACCGGCCUCGUUUGCACCAUUCACCUCCAACCAGACAAUGGUAACGUACCCAAUCGGUUUACACUGAGCACAACUAGAUGAGCGCCGAGAUGAGCUCGUUUUCCAUAAGAGACAUCCUUGAUCUUCCCGAAGAUGCCAUUCGGUCAAUGCAACACUCAGACAAGAACCUGAUGGAACCGUCCACCAGCCCAAAUCACCACGAGACUCGAACUCCUAGCGAAAUCACCGAACAAGAAUCGGAGAAUGAAGUUUCCGCAUCUUCGCCAGACCAAGACCUGACGCUUACUCGAAUAUCACCUCCCGUUGACGAAAAAAACGAGAUUGCACCGAGAAAGGAGCCACUGUCCGAACCUCCGAAGAAGCGUAAGCGCCGAAUUCUUUUCACUAAAGCACAAACGUUCAUCUUAGAGAGGCGUUUCACCCAACAGCGGUACCUCUCGGCACCGGAGCGUGAGGAGCUCGCAAGAAUAGCCAACCUCACUCCAGCACAAGUCAAGAUAUGGUUUCAGAAUCACCGCUACAAGUAUCGCAAGCAGAUGUCUGAGAAAGGCCCUUGGGAUAAGCCGUACUCUGCAUUAGCGCACGGGGCCUUUCUCACCGGAACGGGACAGUACUGUAGCUGUGUUGGGCCGACCUGUAGUUAUCUGAACAGCGCCCCCUACCAGGCGCCGGACUACCUACAUUACCCCUCGCCCGUAACGUCCACGUACAUACAGCCCUCCGCGUACUGGUGAGAGGAAGGGCGCGACAAGGCUUGGGCGCAAUCCAGGCCACCAGACUUAUAUACUGUACAUAGCGAGGAGAGACCGUAUAUCGAAUCGAGUAGCUAGAUGCAAACUGUAUCAAAUACAAGCUGUACAAAUUGCGGUUAUUUAAGGUUUAGGAAAUGAAACGCAUUUGUGAAAAUAUUGCAUUGAAAGAUCCCUGUAAGAAGGACUUGAUAAUAGGAUUACUCAUUACGAAUGAA